AUGACUUCAGCAAAACUGUUUCCAGUAGAUGGUGGUAGCAAUAACAAACCUCCAUGUUUUUUCGAUGAAUCUUAUGACUUUUGGAAGAUUCGUAUGCGGAUGUACUUAGAAGCACAAGGGAAAGAAAUAUGGGAUGUCGUUGAAAAUGGUCCAUUCAUUGUUCGUCGUGCGGUUGAUCUAAGCCGUGGUCAUCUCGAAGAUAUUGCUAUUGAGUUAUUUUGUACCGAUGACCUUCUCAAGUAUAUCGCUCAAAGGGCAAGUAACCUACGGCGUUUAAAAAUUCCUGAAUGUAAUAAGAUUUCAAAUGAAGGGCUGAUUGAAUUUGUGAAGAUGUUUUCACUAUUAGAAGAGCUUCACAUUUCAUUUAAGCACUUAUCUAAUGAUUCUAUCGAAGUUAUUGGCCGAUUUUGCCUUCUUUUGAAGUCACUUAAUCUUGAGGUGUCCAUUUAUUACACUUACUUUGAUUUUCAUGAUGAGCUAUUUGCUAUUGGAAAAGCAAUGCCUGGACUACGACAUAUUUCUUUUUUUAGAAUUGUGUUUGACAAUGAUCAGUUGUUUGCCAUUCUUGAUGGUUGUCCUCUUAUAAAAUCUCUUGAUCUGCAAAAUUGCUUUGUUCGUCAUUUGAGUCCAAGUGUUGAAAAGAGGUGUCGGGAGAAAAUCAAAGAUUUCCAACUUCCAAUAUAUAAUAAUUAUGAGGAUGAUUAUUAUGAUGAUGAUGAUGAUAUUAUUGGUGGUUUUGCUUACAUGUUCAUUGAAAAUUAUGAAGAUUAUGAUUGGGAGGGACGUUAUAAUUAUGUGGCUGCGAACCGGUUGCGUGAUGGCUUUCGUGAUCUCGCUAAAUGUUUGGUUACAGGUUGCACUUGUUGCAGUAUGAGUUUAUCAACACAUUACACAGUAAAAUUUGAUCCUUUUUAA